UUCCUACUUCUCUCUGCCUACCUACCAGUGUACGUACACCCCACACCACAACAAUCGGAUCAUUCGUUCCGUUCGAGAGCUCUCUCACGCCGGCGAGCCCAUGGCUCUAGGCAGCAGGCUGGAGCUCCUCGUCAUCCUCUCAAGAUGCGGCAGCUUGGUACACGCCGGCACGGCGGCGGCCAUCCUCUGGGAGGCCAACCAACCGUUCCCGGUCAACCAAUUGAUGUGCGGGACUAUGUCCCUCGGAGGCAUUCUGUGGGGUUUGGCGCUGCUGAUGUUCCAGUUCGCCUGGCUGUAUUUGGAGGACUUUGAGCCCGGAAAUGUGGCGCUCCUGGUACUGAUCGCCGUCGACUGGGCUGUUGCGUGUCUCUCCGCCGGCUCGGCGUGCGCCGCCCUCGCCGCCAACCAAUACGCCAUCCAGCACCAGUACCGUACUGCGGCCGCGAUGGUGUGUGCUGCCGGGGCUCUCGCCGCGGUGUCCGCCCUCGGCAUGCUCCGGAUCCACGGGUCCCGCUUUGCCCCGGCUCAGGCGCCAUAGUUUCUCAUCUGCCUUGUGUUCUUGUCAAAGCUUUGAAUAGAGCCGCCAAUGCAAGUUCUGGCGUUAGGGUUAGACAUUUAAUUUAAUUAGCAGACGUUUAUUCUUUUGAAUUUGAGGUAGUUGACUUCUGUUGCCUGUAAGAAUUCGUUCUGGAAAUCAAAU